AUGCUUAAAUCAACAUACGUGCCGUCGGCGGCGGCGGCAGCAAGCAACGCGCCUCUGCCGCCUGGUUGGACAGAACACACGGCACCGACUGGACAUACCUAUUACUACCAUGCCGAGACGAAAGAGUCGACAUACAAGCGUCCGGGAGUCACUUCUGUUCCCGACCCGAUACCGCAACAGCAGCCCUAUGCGCCGUACAGUGGUAUGCCGUCGCUCGCCGACCCCAAGGUUGCCAAUGCCUAUCUCGCCCAACACAACCGUGGGCCACAACAGCAACAGCAGCGGCAAGACCAUGGCAAAGGUGCAGCGCGGCCUCGCCCACAACCGAUAGAUAAGCCCCGGAGGAAGAUGCCAAUCCCUGGCCACGAGCCUUGGAUCCUCGUGUACACCAAGUACUCACGGCGCUUCGUCUACAACUCUGCAAAGAACAUGAGCUACUGGCGCAUUCCCGAGAAGCUGAUGCCGGCCAUCCUCGAAAUGGACAAGAAGCGCAUACAAGAGAAGGCCGCGGGUAACAAAGAUGCAGCUGAAUCCAAAGGCGGCGAUGCUGGCGAUAGCUCAGAGUACGAGGAAGUCGAAGGGACGGACGACGAGGGCGACCGGGACGACGCCGGCUCGGUGCACCCUAACAAACGGCAACGGACUGAUGACGAUGACGAUGCCGACGACCAAGAAGAUGAAGAAGAGGAGGAGCAAGAUGCUGGCCCUCUCGAGUUCACAGAGGACGACAUCGCGAUGCAACUACAAAUGAUGGGCGACGACUACGGGCUAGAGCCAGGCGAAUAUGACGACGGCAAUACACAAGACUGGCCAGAAGGCGCCGAAGGGCUGGAAUUUUCGCAAGAGGACGCCGAGUUACUCUUUACCGAUCUACUCGACGACUUUCGCAUCAACCCAUACAGCUCUUGGGAGAAGCUACUCGAGGACGGCAAAAUUAUAGAAGACCCGCGGUACACGGCGCUGAGCACGACCAAGGCGCGCAAAGAGUGCCACGACAAGUGGUCACGCGAACGGAUAGCCCAGCUCAAGGCGCAGCGUGCCACGCAGGAGAAGCAGGACCCGCGCGUGGCCUACAAUGCUUUGCUGCAAGAAAAGGCCACGCCGAAACUAUACUGGCCGGAAUUCAAAAGGAAAUUUAAGAAAGAAGACGCCAUGCGUGACAUGAAGCUGCCGGAAAAGGACAAGGAGAAGAUUUAUCGCGAGCACAUCAACCGUCUGAAGAUGUCGUCCUCGUCGCUCAAGUCGGAUCUCACCGCGCUGCUCAGGGCACAGCCCAUCACGCAGCUCAACAACAGGUCGUCUGUCAAGAAUGGGCUGCCGAGUGCCGUCCUGGCCGACGUGCGGUACAUUUCCCUGCCGCCGAGCGUGCGCGACCCCUUGGUCGAGGCGUUUGUGCAGAGCCUCCCGCCGCCGCCCCACGGAGAGGGCGAGGCGGCGGCGGCCGAAGAGGACGAGGAGCGCAAGAAGGCGCGCGACGCGAGAGAGAAGCGCGAGCAGGCGCUCCAGGAGCACAACCGCAUGGUGGACGAGCAGCGCAGGAGGCGCGAGCGCGAUGUGGCGGCGAGCAAGGCCCGGCUUCGAGAGGGCGAGAUGGAGCUCGACAUGGCGAUGCGUGUGAACAAGAGGGGCCUGCAGGGCCAGCUGGCGGAUAUGAAGAUGGACGAGGCCCAGCCGCCGCCCGCACCAGAGUAG